GGCCGUCCGCCCUGCGUUGCCUCUGCGCACUGCUCUUGAUUCCGCCGUCAUGUCGACCGCAAUGAACUUCGGGACCAAAAGCUUCCAGCCGCGGCCACCAGACAAAGGAAGCUUCCCGUUGGACCACUUCGGUGAAUGUAAAAGCUUUAAAGAAAAAUUCAUGAAGUGUCUCCGCGACAAGAAUUUUGAAAAUGCUUUGUGCAGAAAUGAAUCUAAAGAGUAUUUAAUGUGCAGGAUGCAAAGGCAGCUGAUGGCCCCAGAGCCACUGGAGAAGCUGGGCUUCAGAGAUGUGAUGGACAAGAAGCCGGAGGCCAAGGACAAAUGCUGAGAAGAAAACCGCGGGCUCCCCAGCUGCCUGAAGCAGAUCCGAGCCCUUCUGCCCACAGAGCCAGGAGACCCGAGGCUCACCUGUGCUGCUCAGUGGAGGGAGUCCCCAAGGGGACUGGAGAGCACCCCAAAAUGCUUCCUCAGCUGUCCUCAGUUUCCCUUCAGACAGUGGUCUUAUUCUUCCAUCUGUGUGUGUCACAGGAUCCCCUCAGGGCCAAACUCUGAUGUGAUAUCCUGCCCAGUGUGGCUGUCACACCACAGAGCCCGGGACAGCUUUCCACAGUGACUCAGCCAGUCACAGACCCAAUUCUUCAUACUAGAACCUGUCAGUGAAACCAUGUGACGUCAGAAUGUCCGCCCUUCGUGCUCACAGACGCAUGCACGCCAGCUCGUUUCCCUUCAUCUCUGUUCUUUUCUUUGAACCAAACUUGAAUACAAAGUAGGAAGUGGGAAACUAUUUGACUUUUGACAUACUUGACUUCUUGUUUUGUGUGUUUUAAGGCUUGGUCUCCUAUAGCCCAAGCUGGCCUAAAACUCCCUCCGUAGCCAAGGAUGACCUUGAACUCCUGAUCCUUCUGCCUCCAAGUCUACAGCUGGGAUUAUGGGUGUGCACAUUGCGUGUGCACAUUGGGCCUGGUUCAUGUGUUGGGGAAUGGAUUCCAGGGCUCCCCGCAUGCUCAGCAAACACCCCACUGCCUGAACCAUG